GCUUCCGCCCGGGGACAAGACUGCCUCCGGAACCUCUCCCGGCCGAAUCCUCUGGCCAUGGCACCGCCCCCGCCACUUCCGCCACGAACCCAGAGGUCCCUCCCCGACGCCGGAAGUCCCGCGGCCCUGCUUCCGCGCAGUUCUCCCGCACCCCGCCGCAGAGAGGACCUGCUUCCGGCCCCGGGUGGGCGCCGGCUCGGCUCGCUGUGCGCCUCCGAGCGCUGUCCCAGGAGCUUCGUUUCCCCGGACGCCGGCGCCGGAAGCUCGGGCCGCGGCCGCGCCAGGAGAGCGCCGGUCCGCGCGCUAGGCUCGUGCGGGGCCAUGAACGGGACCGCGAACCCGUUGCUGGACCGCGAGGAACACUGCCUGCGGCUCGGGGAGAGCUUCGAGAAGCGGCCCCGGGCCUCUUUCCACACCAUUCGCUAUGACUUUAAGCCAGCAUCUAUAGACACUUCCUGUGAAGGAGAGCUUCAGGUUGGCAAAGGAGAUGAAGUCACAAUUACACUGCCACAUAUCCCUGGAUCCACACCACCAAUGACUGUGUUCAAGGGGAACAAACGGCCUUAUCAGAAAGACUGUGUGCUUAUUAUUAAUCAUGACACUGGUGAAUAUGUGCUGGAAAAACUCAGUAGCAGCAUUCAGGUCAAGAAAACAAGAGCUGAGGGGAGCAGUAAAAUCCAAGCCCGGAUGGAACAGCAGCCCACUCGUCCCCCACAGCCAUCUCAGCCACCACCACCUCCACCACCUAUGCCAUUCAGAGCUCCAACAAAGCCUCCGAUUGGACCCAAAACGUCUCCCUUGAAAGAUAACCCCUCACCUGAACCUCAGCUGGAUGACAUCAAAAGAGAGCUGAGGGCUGAGGUUGACAUCAUUGAACAGAUGAGCAGCAGCAGUGGGAGCAGUUCAUCAGACUCAGAGAGCUCGUCGGGAAGUGACGACGACAGCUCCAGCAGCGAGGGCGAGGACACCGGCCCGGCGUCUCCUCCACAGCCUGCCCUCCAGCAGCCCUACAACAGCAGGCCGGCUGUCGCCAAUGGGACCAGCCGGCCACAGGGAAGCAACCAGCUCAUGAACACCCUCAGAAAUGACUUGCAGUUGAGUGAGUCUGGCAGUGACAGUGAUGACUAGAGCCGAUCUUUCGAAAUCAGCUUCUCGGUGCACAGAUCUGCCGCCGGACUGGGCCGCGCUCACAUGGAGCCCACUGCUGAGACGGACACGCUGUGGAUCAGUGACUAGUAGGCGCGUGAGGCCAUGGGGGUCUCAGAUACUCAAGUCUUUAACUUAGUGGUGAUGGGUGAUUUUCUCAUGUAAUUUUUGAACAAUCUCAUGUUGCGAAGUAGAUCAAUAGAAGAACUAACAGAAUUAUAUUUCUAUUUGGUUAACACUGUUAAUGAAAAACAGACAGAUGUGCCCUGGUCUAGGUUACGCAAAGGCCAUUAUCUUAACCAGGCCAGUGAUUCAGUUGUAAACCUCAGCAGCCACCAGUUUGGCCAAGUGGUCUGCACCAGUGAAAUGACACCUGGUCUUUGAGGGGUUGGAGAACGAGGGAGACCUCAAAUUGUAGCACAGAAAUAUUUUAAAACCACUUUAAACCAUUGAGACAAAGUGGUGAGGAAGUGUCGUCUGACCCAGCCUGACAAGCCUCUGUAGAAAUGGACUUGGGGAGGGAGUCCUGGAGUGCCCGCUGGGCAGGACCCAGAGCUCCGCUAGUUCAGCCCCUUGACUUACACAUAAGAGAAGCACACAGCCGUUCCCGGCCCUGUCUCCUUCCCCUCUGGCUGUUCCUGCUGCUCCUGCCCUUGAAUCUUAUUAACUGGAACCGGAGAUUCUUAUUCAUGGGACUUCUAGUUGUGUAUCAGAGCUUUUAUUGGAUUCCAGAAGACAAAGUGUUGGGUACUUCUGGCUCAAAUUCUGAUCCAUAAAGUCCCUAAAUACAUGAGGCUGGGUGAGCAGAUUAAACAUGCAGCCACUGGCUGACACAUGAGAUGCAAUUCAAUUGGGGCUUUUAGUUCCAGGUAGAUCCAUACUGAGUGUUCUCCGUUCAGUGAAUGUUAGUAGGGGAGGUGGGAGUGGGCGAGAGGUGUAGUGAAGGAACCUUUCUGAACAAAAGAACCAGCAGCAGGCUUCCAAAAACCUGAAUGUAGAUAGGAAUUCUAUAAUAUGAAAUGAGCACAUUCUUAGAUAAGGUAUUUCUCUUCAUGCUUUUGUACCACUGUUUGUGCCUGACUCCCAGACUGAUUUGUAUUUUUGAUAAACUAGAAGAAAGUCACAAGAUUGCCUUUUGCAGUGUGCAGUUUCCAAAUGAAUCUCUUGUUACAGGAUCACUAGUAAAUGUU